UUGAGAGAGAUUUAGGGCUGAAAAAGACUGCAGAAAGAAUCCAGCUUGGAACCGCGUUGACUUCUCUGGCUCAGGGCUAGGGGAUUUUGGGAAAUGUAGUUUGUUGUGGCACAGAGCUAGGAAAGAAGGCUCAAUGCCUCACCAAACUACAGUGCUCAGGGCCUUAGUGACUUUCCUUCAGCGCAUGGGACUACAGCUUCCGUUGUUCCUGGCCAGCUGAGUGGGGGGAGUUGCAGUCCAACGCACUGGGCGCUGGGUUGUGGCUCCCCCUCAACUUCAGGGUAGUCUAUAUCUCAUAUAUUCAGCCAUUGUCCCCCCCUUGGUGGGCUCUCCUGCUGUCUGGACAGUUGGGGACAAUGGGAGUGGUAGUCUCAGCCGACUGGAGGCCUUGAGGUUGGGGCCUGGAACACAUUGCAGGGCAGGCUGCUGUCUCCCAUCUCCUUCUGUUGUGUUUGAUGGUCUUCCUUGUCAGGCUGCGCUGGCUCUUUGCCUUCACUCUUGGGCUGUGAGCUUUGGCUGGCAGCUCUUGACCCUUUCCCAAAAACAAAGACAAGCAAGUUCUGUAGAAGAAACAACAAAAAAGGGAAGGCCAACGUUGCCAUUACUUUAGAGACUUGAGUUAGGCUGUUGCUGCAUGUGCUUUAAAACUCUGUCAGUGUAGUGGCUCUUGGGGUGUUUUGUUAGGAAGGAAACAGCUUAAAACAAACUAAUGUGUUUGAGAGGUAAAGAGAUCUCAUUCUUCAUAGAAAAGGUGUGUGGAUAAACGGGUGGAGAAGGCUCUUCUCUGUCUGAGACCACAGAGUGAGAAUGCUGUUUGAAAUACUUAUUAUUCGUCAAGCUGGCAUAAUGGUUGGUUUUACUGUUAAAAUGGUAUAUGCCCGUUCCUCCUGAGGAUAUUUGGAGACCACUGAAACAGGUGGUUUCCAGCUUUGGGGGCUCCACAUGUUUGGGAUUCCGUGCCACUGAGAUGUCUGAUGAGGAAAUCCAGCAGAAAUCGCUAGCAGCAGCGACAGCCUCCUUAGAAGGCAAAGCGCCUGUGGAGAGAGCAGCCUUAAUUCACCAGCAUAUUGGUCGCAGGGAGAUGACAGAUAUGAUCAUUGAGACCAUAAAGCCUAAUGCAGAUGAAGUGAAAGUGGCAAUGGAAGAAGGGAAAGCUUCUGAGGCUUCUUCUUCAGAAGACCGAAGCAAACAUGAUGGUGGUAUUGGGACAAUCCUGGAUUCCCCGUCAAAGCAGCUGCCGGACCAAAUUUCUUUCUUCAGUGGCAAUCCAUCUGUUGAAAUAGUUCAUGGCAUCAUGCACCUCUACAAGACAAAUAAGAUGACCUCCUUAAAAGAAGAUGUGCGGCGCAGUGCCAUGCUCUGCAUUCUCACGGUCCCUGCCACAAUGACCAGCCAUGAUCUCAUGAAGUUUGUGGCUUCCUUCUACGAAGUCAUUGAGCACAUGAAAAUCAUCCGAGACUCCACCCCGAACCAAUACAUGGCCCUGAUCAAGUUUAGUACGCAGGCAGAUGCAGAUAGUUUUUACAUGGCUUGCAAUGGCCGGCAAUUCAACUCCAUAGAAGAGGAUGUUUGUCAGCUGGUCUAUGUAGAGAGAGCAGAAGUCUUCAAGUCGGAAGAUGGGGCCAGCCUUCCUGUCAUGGACCUGACUGAGCUUCCAAAGUGCACUGUCUGCCUGGAGAGAAUGGAUGAAUCUGUCAAUGGAAUUCUUACAACGCUUUGCAAUCACAGCUUCCACAGCCAGUGUCUGCAGCGCUGGGAGGACACCACGUGUCCUGUAUGCAGGUAUUGUCAGACGCCUGAACCUGUAGAGGAGAACAAGUGCUUUGAGUGCGGAGUCCAAGAAAAUCUGUGGAUAUGUCUGAUAUGUGGGCACAUUGGCUGUGGGCGCUAUGUGAGUCGGCAUGCUUAUAAGCACUUUGAAGAGACGCAGCACACCUAUGCCAUGCAACUGACCAACCACCGUGUCUGGGACUAUGCUGGAGACAAUUAUGUCCAUCGGCUGGUGGCAAGCAAGACGGAUGGAAAGCUAGUCCAGUACGAGUGUGAGGGGGAUAUGUGCCAAGAGGAGAAGAUUGAUGCCUUACAGCUUGAAUACUCAUACUUGCUGACAAGUCAGCUGGAGUCGCAGCGUAUCUACUGGGAGAACAAGAUUGUCCGAAUAGAAAAGGAUACGGCAGAAGAGAUUAACAACAUGAAGACUAAAUUUAAAGAGACCAUUGAAAAAUGUGACACAUUGGAGCAGAGACUGAAUGACCUGCUCAAGGAGAAGCAAUCACUGGAAAGAAAGUGCAGCCAGCUGAGUAGCAAAGUGUGUAAACUCACCACUGAACUGAAAGAGGAGCAGGAAAUGAACAAGUGUUUGCGAGCCAACCAGCUCUUGCUUCAGAACAAGCUGAAGGAAGAGGAGAAGCUGCUGAAGGAGACAUGUGAGCAGAAGGACUUGCAGAUCACAGAGGUCCAGGAGCAGCUCCGGGAUGUCAUGUUUUACCUGGAGACGCAGCAGAAGAUCAACCACCUCCCUGUGGAGGCGAGGCAGGAAAUCCAGGAUGGACAGAUCAAUAUUGCCAUGGCAUCAGCCAGCUCAUCUGCAGGGGGUGCAGGGAAGCCUUCUUCCCGGAAAGGUAGAGGCAAGAGGGGCAAGUGAGAGAGGUGGCAAAGGCAACUGACCUUACCAAAACUGGCCACGGGGGGUGGCCAUGGGCAGAGUGAGAGUUGCCCCUUAGGCAACAUAGGCACCGGAGUCUAUUGAAGGAUCAGUUACCACUUUCCAGAUCCUUUCCUACCCUGUUGCACUAGCCUGCGGCAGUUGACAGCCCGGAAGGCUCUUUCCUGGGUGAGCUAGCUAGCUUCCUUCUAGGCAGUCUAUAAUAACUCCUUUUGGCUCUCGUGCUUUAUUGAACUCCUCCCCACCUUCUUUUCCUAGUCUCUGCUGCUUUCCUGGGAACACUGUUCAGUUGUAGCUGUUUGCUUGGAAUUUGACUUUAAAAAAAAAAAAAAAUAAGAGCAACAACCAAAAAGGUCACAGAGCCUCAGGUUUAUUUCAGGAGGAAUGGGAAGGGAGGAGUGCAGCCUUUUAACCUCUUCCAUAACCAGGGGGUAGGCCUCGACCCAGGACUUUCCUCUUCCACCAGACACCUGGCUGAAUGUCGUCUUUGCUCAGAGCGUUGGCGAGGGCAGGUGGAGGAGCUGCGAGCACUGCCUCUCCAUUUUGCCAUGAAGCCUUUUUCCUAAACCUUGCUCCCCUUCCCUUUGCUCUACUCGAGUGCAAGCAGUGCCUAAUGGGUUGCAGCCUCUUUUCCUCAGUACUUCCAACACCCCUUUCCUCUUGACAGUCUCUUUUUUUCUGCCUUGAUACCUGACUAUGCAGUACAUGGGAAUGCAUGUAACCAAACUCUGCCAGAAAAGCUGCUUUGGGUGAGAGUGAUUUGAAACGAUGCACCCACAUGGUGCCCUCUCCCCUGCUCUGUGACAACUCCACUUCAUUGCCCAAAGCAGUGUUUCCAUUGUAGGGCUCCAAGCAUGGACGUUCCAAUGCAGAUAUGCAUUUGGAAGUCCAGGAGGGGAAGGGUUUCACCUCCCUGGUCCCCUCUACUCACUGCUGUGCUCCAAAUCUCCCUUUCCCAAAAGAAGCAGAUAAUGAACAGAGGAGGGGCUCUUGGUAGCUGGUUGUAUAUGAAUCAGAAUUGGUCCUUUGUCAGUCGGGGAAGCACAAUUUUAACAGAGUGAGCCUGAUUUAAGAAGUUUAAAAGCCAAAAAUACCCAGCAGUGAUCUGAAGGGAGAUGUCAAGGGCUGGAAGACCCUUUCCAGCUCCUGCUUUUGAAGCGUAUGCCCUGUCUUUUCCACUUGCUGCUUGAGUGUGACCACAGUAUCACUCACUGUCUUCUACUUCAAGGCCAUUGUGAAUGGCCAAGGCUCUGAAAUACACACUUUGGCUUGUUUCUGCCUGCAGCAUACCCUUUGAAAUAAGAAAGAAAAGCAAUCCACAUUUCCUUAAAGGAAAGUUUUUUUUACUAUGCCUAACUGUUGCUUGUUUGCUAGAUGAGCACCUUCAUUUACUCGGUAUUGGUAUUACCCUCAGUGGCAAGUUUUCACCUCUUGCAGACUGGUAUAGCUAUAUGACCUUAAGCAUUGUCUCCUCUGUUCUCCCUACCUUUGCCUGUGAAAUAAGGAUGAUGUGAGUGCAAUAUUGGUGUGAUGGUCAUGGGAAGAUGUUCAUCCACAGAGAAGGUAGCAGAGAGGUUCACUGAUUAUGAACUGUGAAAUCCACCAUAUGAGAAAUUAAUUUUGGGAGUACCAACAAUAAUUGUUUCCUAAAUAUGUUCCCUCCCUCCCAUUGAAUCUUUUGUUAGCAGGCUACUAUGGUAACACCAGUGUAAGCCCAGCUGUACUUUUGCCUCAGUUUAGAGGCUUGUUCUCACAUUUUGUUUGGGUCAAGAUCUGGGGAAGUUUUGCAUUUCCUCUGGAGCGUUUGUGUUUUUAAUGUAGUUUGUGGUCCAGAUUUUUGAGAAAUUGAUGAGUUGCGAGUUGUUGGAAGUGCAAGAGACCACAUGGGAGCUGGAUGUGCACACUGUUAAGUUGGAAAAACUGUUGGCUGAGCUGGGAGUGGUCUUCUUUAUUUGCAGGUUAGACUGGAGUUUGGCUGGCACUCAAAGGAUCCAUAGAUGUGUACGGUACUUUCUAAAAAGAUGUACUCUGCUGUACCACCUGCAAUGAAAAUCUUAUUAAACUGGAUGAAACAUACACA